UCAAGUUUUAAGAGACAUUUUGUCUAAGUAUUAUAUGAAGAGAGGAAUAAAACUAAUAUCUCAGAAAGUGAGGCUCACCCAUGUUUUUUCAUAGAAAAAGAGAGAGACAAAACCCAAUCCUGUGGAACACUGAUAUUUACAGGUUAAGCAAAGAAAAUAGCCACUGUAAAUAAGUAUGAGGAACAACCAAUGAAAACCAGCAAUAAAAGAAAUGAAUAUUGACAUCUCCCCCAGCAGGAACAAGUCACAGAGGAGAUGGAGGUUGGAAACCACAGCACUGUGACAGAAUUCAUCCUUGUGGGGUUGACAGAGGACCCUACACUUUGUGUCAUCUUCUUUGUGAUGUUUCUAGGAAUCUAUGUUGUCACUUUAGUAGGCAAUGUCAGCAUAAUCACUUUAAUAAGAAGCUGCUCCCACCUUCACACCCCCAUGUACCUCUUCCUCAGCCAUUUGGCUUUUGUGGACAUUGGGUAUUCUACAUCAGUCACACCUAUAAUGCUUAUGGGAUUCCUUGGUCAUGGAAUAGUUCUUCCUGUCAUUGGCUGUGAAGCCCAGCUCUAUUCUGUGGUGAUGUUUGGGACAGCUGAGUGCUUCCUGCUGGCUGCCAUGGCCUAUGAUCGUUACGUGGCCAUCUGCUCACCCCUGCUCUACUCCACCCACAUGGCCCCUGGAGUCUGCACUGUCUUCGUGGCGGCCUCCUAUCUGGGUGGCUGUGUGAAUGCUUCCACGUUUACUAGUUCUUUAUUGAGCGUUUCCUUCUGUGGACCGAAUCAGAUAGAUCACUUUUUUUGUGAUUUCUCCCCCUUGUUGAAACUUUCCUGCUCAGAUGUCUCCAUUACUGAAAUUAUCCCUUCCAUCUCUUCUGGCUCCAUCAUCGUGGUCACAGUGUUUGUCAUAGCUGUCUCCUACAUCUGCAUCCUCAUCACCAUCUUGAAGAUGCACUCCACAGAGGGGCGCCACAAAGCUUUCUCUACCUGCACCUCUCACCUCACUGCAGUCACUCUCUACUAUGGGACGAUUACCUUCAUUUACGUGAUGCCCAAGUCCAGCUACUCACUUGACCAGAACAAGGUGAUGUCUGUGUUCUACACGGUGGUGAUCCCCAUGUUGAACCCCCUCAUUUAUAGUCUGAGGAACAGAGAUGUAAAGGAGGCUCUGAGAAAGAAAAUUGUCAGAAUAUAUUCUUAGGAUCCACUUCUUGAAUUUAAGAUGAACUAUCCAGUUUUCAUUUACCUGUAUCACACUUAGUUCCUACCGCAUGCUGCUUAACUAAUUGCUUAAAUUAUAAUCAUAUUUGUUUGUGCUAAUUCACCUUAAUAAAUUUGUAUUUCAAUUAGGAAAUGUUGUGACAUCUGAAACAAUGACAGUAAUAAUUA